UGAGGACAAGGAUGACAGGCAGGCAGACAGACGGGGGAGGGCCGCAGGGAGAAGGGGGCUCUGCCUCCUUGGGGGCCAGGGAGGGGGAGCACAGUGAGCUGAGGCUACAAGAAGGUAGAGGGAAGAAGACUUUUAGAGCAAAGACUCUAAGAGCACAAAAGAGAGAGGGGAGGGAGGGAUUCAGAGGGGAAAAGGGGUGGAGAGAGAAAGAGUAGGAAGAAGUGGGAGGAGGGAAGGCGACAGAUACGAUUAAAAAGAGGGUGGAAGAGGAACAACUGACAGGCUCAAGAGCAAAGAGCGAGGGCAGUUGGAGAAGCAGCAGCCAGAGUGUGAAGAAGCCAACGGAAGGAAAGUCCAGGGAGGAGGAAAAGAAGCAGAAGUUUUGCCAUCUGUGACCUGGCUGUGCCAAGAUGGGCGAUUGGAGCUUCCUGGGAGAAUUCCUGGAGGAAGUACACAAGCACUCGACCGUAGUAGGCAAAGUCUGGCUCACUGUCCUUUUCAUAUUCCGGAUGCUCGUGCUGGGCACAGCUGCUGAGUCUUCCUGGGGGGAUGAGCAGGCUGAUUUCCGGUGUGAUACGAUUCAGCCUGGCUGCCAGAACGUCUGCUACGACCAAGCUUUCCCCAUCUCCCACAUUCGCUACUGGGUGCUGCAGAUCAUCUUCGUCUCCACGCCCUCUCUGGUGUACAUGGGCCACGCCAUGCACACUGUGCGCAUGCAGGAGAAGCGCAAGCUACGGGAGGCCGAGAGGGCCAAAGGGGUCCAGCGCUCGGGCUCUUACGAGUACCCGGUGGCUGAGAAAGCAGAACUGUCCUGCUGGGAGGAAGGGAAUGGAAGGAUUGUCCUCCAGGGCUCUCUGCUCAACACCUAUGUGUGCAGCAUCCUGAUCCGCACCACCAUGGAGGUGGGCUUCAUUGUGGGCCAGUACCUCAUCUACGGAAUCUUCCUGACCACCCUGCACGUCUGCCGCAGGAGUCCCUGUCCCCACCCGGUCAACUGUUACGUAUCCCGGCCCACAGAGAAGAACGUCUUCAUUGUCUUUAUGCUGGCUGUGGCUGCACUGUCCCUCCUCCUUAGCCUAGCUGAGCUCUACCACCUGGGCUGGAAGAAGAUCAGACAGCGAUUUGUCAAGCCGCGGCAGCACGUGGCUAAGUGCCAGCUUUCUGGCCCCUCUGUGAGCAUGGUCCAGAGUUGCACACCACCCCCCGACUUUAAUCAGUGCCUGGAGAAUGGCCCUGGGGGAAAAUUCUUCAAUCCCUUCAGCAAUAAUAUGGCCUCCCGACAAAACACAGACAACCUGGCCACUGAGCAAGUGCGAGGUCAGGAGCAGACUCCUGGGGAAGGUUUCAUCCAGGUUCGUUAUGGCCAGAAGCCUGAGGUGCCCAAUGGAGUCUCACCAGGUCACCGCCUUCCCCAUGGCUAUCAUAGCGACAAGCGACGUCUUAGUAAGGCCAGCAGCAAGGCCAGGUCAGAUGACCUAUCAGUGUGACCCUCCUUUAUGGGAGGACCAGGACCAGGUGGGAACAAAGGAGGCUGAGAGAGGAAAGAUGUCUCUCUUCCGAACUGAUGCUUUCUCACUGUCAUCACUGCUUGGCUCCUUUGGACCCUGGGUCUCAAUGACAUUGCUCAUUAAUUCUAGAAACUGUAAUCAGGGCUCUGGGAUAGUAAGAGACAUGACUAUCCACCCAGACUGCAGUUCCCUCCCCACCCUCUACCCAGUAUAUGAAGCCUUUCAGGUUACUCAUGAAACAGGGUAGAGGGAGGGAAGGGAAGCAUGGCAAAAGCUGGCCUGGAAGGGAUAGCCAGAGGGAUAGAAUGACUCUCUCUCUACAUACCAGCAACAUACCAGAUGCAUUCUUUAAGUUCCUACCUCCUUGACCUGAUCACCCUCCCUCCUCCAAGGAAGAGCUCAAAGUUCCCAGCCAACAGAGAGCAUGAAUCAAGGAACUUGCAUUAUAUGUGCUCCUUGAGUCUGUUAUCUCCAUGGACCAUUCCUCAGAGUAGUGGUGAGAUGGCUUUGGGUUACCUUUGGCUUCUCCUCCCUCUACUCAGUCUUAAAAAGGGUUUCUUGGAACUUUACCAGCAGCCUCAACUUUACAAAUGCCUUGGUAUAUACCUUUGGCAAAUGCCCCACCUUGGUGAUGUUGCAGCCUUUCCUUCUGCCAGGGUGUACACCUAGCCUGUGAAGAUGUCAGCUCUGCUAGGGAGUCACUGUACACACAAACUCCACUGGAAUUCCUGCCAACAUCUGUCAUCCUGCAGCUCCUUUACAGUUCAAUCCAAUGAUAGAAACCAUCCCUUCCCUUUCUCCCUUGGCUGUUCACCCAGCCAUUCCCUGAAGGCCUUAUCGACAGGGAUAUCCAAGAAGCCAUUGUCCUCUCUCGAACCCUGACCAGAUCCCCAGCCACUGAGGCCAGUGGAAUUUCCCCAGGCCUUGUUAAAACAAAGAAAGCAUUGUACUUCUCAGAUUCCCCUUGUGGAAAAAAAAUUCUGCUGUGAAGAUGAAAAUAAAAUAGGAGAGAAAACACUGGAAAACUAUAUUCCCCUCGUAUUUACUUCCUUUGCUGACUGCCAACUUAGUGCCAAGAGAAGGUGUGAUAACAGCUAUGGAGGCCCCCAGAUCUCCCACUCCUGGAGGCUUUAGCAGGGGCAUGGAAAUAGUAGGGGAAUCUCCAGCUCUCUUGGCAAGGCCUUUAUUUAAAGAGCACAGAGAUUCCUAUGUCUCCCUAGUGCCCCUAAUGAGACUGCCAAGUGGGGGCUGUAGAAAAGCCUUGCCUUCUCCAGGGACUGGCCUUGUUUCUGUAUUCACUGGAUCCAUAAUGGGUUACUGUUGUUUUGGAUGAAGGUAAAGGAUGCUCAGAAUUGUUGGAUACUGAGACUUAUAGAGAGAUUAUUGCAUUAUUAAAAUGCACGUGUGUGUGUGUGUGUGUGUAUGUGCUGAUAGGAUGGGUAAAGGCUAGGGGAGUCCUGAAAUAAGGAAAGGAAACCACAGAGAAACUUGUGUCUUCCUGCUCUCCCCUCCGGCUGCCUCGCAGAGGGGCUAAGCCUCACUGUUUUGGUGUUAUUAACCUAAACAGAUAGACACGAGAGGUUGGGACAGAGGAGGCUAAAGACUCAGGAGGUUCAACCUCUGACUCACCUGCCCGUCUCUGGGCCCUCUGCUGAUACUUGGAUGCUAUUGUUGGGUGGAAAGAAAAAUGGGAGUGGGCAAGUGGAGGAAAGUGACUAGGAUGCCAUUUAGGAAGGAAUGUCUAAUCAUCCCAGGUCCCUGGAGGGGACACCUUUUAAUCUAUUGCCUAGCAUUAAUAUUUUCUCUCCUUCUAUCUCUGAAAUGUUUUAUGAAAUGAGCGUUCUUGAAUUGGAAGUUCUGUGGGAUCAAUCUUUGAUGGUGAGGGUUUUAGAAAGAAAAAAUUAAGUAAAAUGUGUAAUUUGUCUAAAUAAAAUCUAUCUCUACAUCU